AUGUAUAGAAAAAAACUUAAUAUNCUGGUCAGUCCCCAUAAUGGGGACGUGAAGGUUCCACCCAAUACAUUCCCAGAUAAUAAAAUACGAAUUAGGGUGGAUAAUGAUGAAUUGCUAACACCUCUUGUUGAACAUGGACAGAUCCGGUCGUUUAGAAUUGACAGCCCUGAAAUUGACUUAAAGUAUGGCUUCAUUCAUGAUAAACGGUUACCAUCAAAAGUGGACCCGCAGGAAGCUAAAAAGCAACAGAUUGAAUUGGAAAGAGUUAAAAAAUGGCGUAAAAUGUUAAAGUCAUGGAACUCUUCUGUUACUAAAGAAAAAUUGCACAAACGUGUUUUCAAAGGCAUUCCAAACUCUUUACGUCCACAAGUUUGGUGUCUUUUAUUAAGUUUAGAUAAAACCAAAACAGAAAAUAGGGGAAAAUAUGAUGAAAUGUUAAAAUUAGCUAGAAAAUAUUCUACUGAUGCUAGACAAAUCGAUUCUGAUGUCAAUAGGCAGUUUAGAGAACAUCUUUUUUAUAGAGAACGAUAUGGAAUAAAACAGCAAUCUCUUUUUAAAGUAUUAACCGCUUAUGCAAUGUACAAUUCUGAGGUGGGCUAUUGCCAAGGGAUGUCUGGAUUAGCAGGUGUACUUCUCAUGUACAUGGAUGAAGAAGAUGCUUUUUGGGCAAUGCAUAUCUUAUUGACCGAUCCAAAAUUCUCAAUGCACGGUCUUUAUAAAGAAGGCUUUCCGAAAUUGACACGCUUUCUUGCUCAUCAUGAUCGUAUAUUAACGAAAUUUAUGCCAGGUCUUAAGAAACAUUUUGACAAGCAUGGACUCGAUGCCAUUCUAUAUUCAUUGAAGUGGUUCUUUGUUUGUUUUGUCGAAAGG